AACUUUAAAAAGGUAAGACAGUCAAACUGUGAAAUGGAAGAGCGACAGAGUUUCCUUUCAAAGGUUCCAUCUUUUAAUUACCUCCCAUUUUCUCAGACAUUCUUUCCUUUGCUUUUCUCUUCACCUCUUUUUCCUCAUUUCACACUCUUAAGCCAAACUCAUUUCUCAUUCUUCUCUCUUCUCUUCUCCUUCUUUUUCACCUUUCUGGCCGGAAAGACAAAUGGACUCUGUCUUCUACCUCCAUUUAUACUUAUGCAUUUUCUUUACCAAAAUGCAAACCCCAUCUUUUUUCUGAAGGAAAGAAUAUUGAAAAGGCUUAUGCGUCUCUCUCAAUCCAUCUCUAAACGGUCCAUUGAUUGAGGAAAACCCCCAAAUUCCCCAAUAUUCUUCUUUCAUUUAUUGACACCAACCUCUCUCCCUCUCUCUCUCUCUCCCCCACUUCCGGUCACCGGAAACCGACUUCCCUCUUUUCCAAGGUCGAAACUAUGUGAAUGUUCUCCUCAUUUCGCCCCAAAACAUGAAGUAUAUAUCAGAGAAGGGAUGGAACUCUAUCAUACCUCUCCAUUUGAGAAGCGAAUCGGGUUCUCACUUUUGCAUCUUUUCAAGAGCAAAGGGAUCAAGAUAUGGUCCGGGCAACACUCCAGUAUAUCUCAAUGUGUAUGACUUGACAACAGUAAAUGGCUGCGUUUACUGGGCAGGUGUUGGCAUAUUUCAUUCUGGGAUUCAAGUUCAUGGUGUGGAAUAUGCCUUCGGAGCCCAUGACUAUCCAACAAGUGGUGUCUUCGAGGUUGAACCUCGACGCUGCCCCGGGUUUAAGUUUAGAAAGUCGAUUUUCAUGGGUACAACUUGCUUGGAUCCUAUUCAAUUUCGAGAGUUCAUGGAGCGCAAUUCUGCAAACUACAAUGGUGACACGUAUCACUUGAUUGUAAAAAAUUGCAACCAUUUUUGUGAGGAUAUUUGCUAUAAGUUAACCGGGAAACACAUACCAAAAUGGGUGAAUCGGCUUGCAAGAAUAGGAUAUUUAUGUAAUUGCAUGCUCCCCAAGGCCCUCAAGACUUCGAGUGUUCCAAAUGACUCAAAUUUUCAAGGAUACGAGAGUGAGAAGAAGCAAUUACGAAGUAGUUUUGGCUGCUUCACGUCAAUAUCAAUGCAUCAACGAGAAGUUUCAAUUUCUUCAUUGUUUCUUCACUCGCAUUAUAAAGGUUGCCUGCCACCAUGGGAGAUGAAAGGGUCGAGAAGUCGGUCAAUGAAGGAAGGGUGACAAACACUCAUCUUUACUACUUUGCUGCCAUUUUUAAUCCAGGUGAGAGAAUUCACUUCUGGCAGAAAAGAAGAUUCUGUUGAUUUAUAUGUUAAGUUUAGAGAUAUUCAUUGUGCAUGCGAUAGCACCAUAGCAGUUCAUAGGAAGUCAAGCAGAUUGCAUAGUUAUUUUUUUCUUGUAUAUUUAGCCUUUUAUGGUUUUGUUAUAUAGUUUUUUUGGGGGGAAAGGAUGAAUCAAUUUAGGUAGCUUAGUUUAUAUGCUUCCUCUGUUUUACGUUAGUUUCAUUUCUACUUUUACCACAGUUCAAUGUUGAAAUUUGGGCAUAUAAUGCUAUAUCAACAGACAUUGUACCAUUGAAAAUACUUCUCGAGUAUUAUUUUAAUAGAGUGGAAUCAUUGUUGAGAGAAA